CAAAGACAUAAAUGACGCCUGAUAAGCGAUCUAGGAAAUCAGAUAGAUUCAUACCCUCCCGUACACCUCUUAGUAAAGUGUCCUACAAUCUCGAUAAAGCAGGACUUAGCGAUGAAAAGAGCAGUAAACCAUUGUCAGAGGAUUUUUUUAACACGCUGGGCCAGGAAACGUUAGCAGCGCCCACCCCUAUUGAAACAACAACUGAUGCCAAUGAGAAUGAAGAUAAUAGACAGAAAAGGAGGAGGAAGUCUUUGAGCAUGCACACGACACCACCCCGAACAAAAGUUUUGCAAACAACUACUCAGGGUAUGCUACAGACAAGGUCUCUGCGACGAGUGAGCCAUACGCCCAAGACAGUCCUGGACGCUCCAUACAUGGCUGAUGACCAGUACUGUAACCUCAUGAGCUGGUCCUGUGAAGAUGUUCUCGCUGUUGCACUCCAGUCACAUAUCUAUACAUGGCGAUCAUCACACGUCUCUAUGCUUUGCGAUGUACAGGAGACAAGCAGUGCACUCCGUGUCGCUUCACUUGCCUGGGAUCCCACCGGGAAAAUACUCGCUGUUGGUCUCGAUGACGGCACGACCCAGCUCUGGGAUGUCCAACAGCGCCAGUGUAUAGGUCAAGUCUGCAAACAGAGCGCAAAAGUUGGCGUUAUCAACUGGUCCUCAGGUGUACUAGCAUGUGGAUCGCGCGAUGGGAGCAUAUUUGUGAAAGACACCCGCAUGGCAAACACAAACUUACGUUUGAGGCUUCACAAGGGGGAAAUAACGAGUUUAACCUAUAGCGCAGCCACCGAAGCGCUAGCAAGUGGAGGUAAUGACAACAAGCUUUAUCUCUGGGAUAUUCGCAGUCGCGGGCGACUGCUUAAGAGCUACACAGAUCACGAGGGUGCUGUCACAGCACUGAGCUUUAACCCUCACCAUCGUGGUGUGCUCGCUUCUGGAGGUGGAACUUACGAUAGAAGGAUUGUAUUUAGAGACACCAUACAUCAAGGCAGGAAGACUCUUGGUGACUACGAUACAGGCUCACAGGUCUGUAAUCUCUAUUUUUCUACAAAUACCCAAGAGUUACUCUCUACGCACGGUUUUAGUCAAUAUAGUCGCGGGAAUCUUGUUUGUCUUUGGCAAUACCCGUCUAUGAAGCAAAUUGCAUCGAUAAGAAGCCAUUUAGGACGCCCAAUAUACAUGGGUGUGUCUUCUGAUGGCACGACUGUUGCUACUGGAAGUGGUGACGAGACUAUACGCUUCUGGAAGCUUUUUCCACCACGACAAGAGAACAAACCAGAAUCAGUCUUCAAUCUUACUAAAUAUAUACGCUGAGCGUAUAGUCCAUAUAUCUGCAUCUGAACCUUGUAUAAUCAGCAAACAUUCAUAUACUUGUAUACA